AAUUUUGCUCCCAUGGAUUCAUGGAUAUUUCGUUUUCCAUUUCGGUGAAUUUCGAAUUUCACCCCUUUUACUUUUCGUAUUUCUCUUUUCCGCUCCAUAUAAAUUGUAAUGUAACAGUACUUUCAGCUUUUAACCGUGUCGCCCCCCGUUGAUAGAGUUUCUCUCUCCCCCCCCCCCCCUCUCUCUCUCCCUCUCCAGUUUUCUCUCUUUAUCUCUCUCCUCUCUACAAAUACAGCACCAAAUCUCAUAGCGAAAACCCCUACGUCCUCUCUCUCUCUCUACACAUCUUUCUAAAUUGUCGAUACCUAUCGAUCAUCGGAUCAUUUGAUCAAACGUAUCAUUAGAUUUCAAUCGCAACGCAAUCUUAUUCACCCGCAAAUCUGUUCUUUCGAUCUGAAAUUUAUUGCUUCGUCGAUCCGCGACAGACCGAAUCAGUCAAGUUUCGAUAGAAUCAGACAUUUUUUCUCGUACCGUAUUCGAAUCAGUGCCGGUUGUUCCAUUGCUUUCGAUCCGUAUCGGACGGUGCGAGGGAUGGAGGGAUUGAUGAAUGAAUCUACGAGAUAUUGAAACGAUGCCUAGUUUAGCGCAGAGAAAUGAUCAAUUCAGUAAUGCGUCAUCUUACUUGUCGUCGCCGUCGGCGUGCUCGAAUGGAUCAGUUUCAUCCCACGGGUUCUGGUCAAAGCACGCCAACGAUAUUAGCUACAAUCAGCUUCAGAAGUUCUGGAGUGAGCUGUCGCCACAGGCUCGACAAGAACUUCUGAGGGUUGAUAAGCAAACCCUUUUUGAGCAAGCUCGGAAGAACAUGUACUGCUCUAGAUGCAACGGUCUGCUGCUCGAGGGGUUUUUGCAAAUUGUUAUGUAUGGAAAGUCUUUGCAGCAAGAAGGAACAGUUGGGCACCUUCCCUGCAACAGAUCAGUAGUACCAAAAAACCUAUGUGAUGGUGGAUCAAGCAUGACUAAUGGGUGCCCAGAUGAAACUCAAGAUCCAUCUGUACAUCCUUGGGGAGGUCUGACUACAACUCGGGAUGGGACAUUGACGCUUUUGGACUGCUAUCUAUAUUCAACGUCCCUCAAGGGGCUUCAAAAUGUAUUUGACAGUGCACGCGCAAGGGAAAGGGAACGUGAAUUGCUUUAUCCUGACGCCUGUGGUGGGGGAGGUCGGGGUUGGAUAAGUCAAGGCAUAGCUAGUUAUGGCCGAGGGCAUGGAACACGGGAAACAUGUGCCUUACACACUGCCAGACUUUCUUGCGACACAUUGGUGGAUUUCUGGUCAGCACUUGGAGAAGAGACUCGACAGUCUCUUCUAAGAAUGAAAGAAGAAGAUUUUAUUGAAAGGCUCAUGUACAGGUUUGAUAGUAAGAGGUUUUGUAGAGACUGCAGGAGGAAUGUUAUUCGUGAGUUCAAGGAGUUGAAGGAGCUGAAGCGCAUGCGGAGAGAACCUCGUUGUUCCAGCUGGUUUUGUGUUGCUGACACAGCUUUCCAAUAUGAGGUAUCUGAUGACAUGGUCCAAGCUGAUUGGUGCCAAACCUUUGCAGAUACUAUUGGAACGUAUCAUCACUUUGAAUGGGCUGUUGGAACAGGAGAAGGAAAGUCUGACAUUUUAGAAUUUGAAAAUGUCGGCAUGAAUGGCAGUGUCCUAGUGAAUGGCCUAGAUCUUGGUGGUUUGAGUGCAUGCUAUAUCACUCUGAGGGCUUGGAAAUUAGAUGGCCGCUGCAAUGAAUUUUCAGUAAAAGCUCAUGCAUUAAAGGGUCAACAAUGUGUGCAUUGUAGGCUUGUGGUUGGGGAUGGUUUUGUUACAAUAACAAGAGGAGAAAGUAUCAGAAGGUUUUUUGAGCAUGCAGAAGAGGCCGAGGAAGAAGAGGAUGAUGAUUCCAUGGACAAGGAUGGGAAUGAGCUGGAUGGAGAAUGCUCACGUCCCCAAAAGCAUGCGAAGAGUCCUGAACUUGCUCGAGAAUUUCUUCUAGAUGCUGCGACUGUUAUUUUUAAGGAACAGGUUGAGAAGGCAUUUAGAGAAGGAACAGCACGCCAAAAUGCACACAGUAUCUUUGUCUGUCUUGCAUUAAAGCUGCUGGAAGAACGUGUUCACGUUGCAUGCAAAGAAAUUAUUACAUUAGAAAAGCAGAUGAAGCUUCUUGAAGAAGAAGAGAAGGAAAAGCGUGAAGAAGAAGAACGCAAGGAGAGGAGAAGAACCAAAGAAAGAGAGAAAAAGCUCAGAAGAAAGGAGAGAUUAAAAGGGAAAGAAAGGGAUAGAGAAAAGAAAUGUUCUGAAUCAAGUCAGAGUCCCAUUGUUCCUGAUGUUGCAAAGGAAGCACCAUCACCAAAUAUUAGUGACAACACUCUCAGCUGCAGGGAUUCAGUUAGUGAGAUGGGUGAUAUUAUUCUAUCCAGGCCUCCAUCUCCAGGAGUUCUAAAUGGGAGUGUCGCUUCAAACAUGCAAAACCACUCUAAUGAUAGUCAUGAUGGGGAAUAUACCUACGAGAAAGAUGGGAGUGGUUCAUUUACAGUUGAGCAAUCAAAAUUUUCUCGUCGGAGAUCAAAAUUUCGAAAAGAUUUUCAAUUGGAUCCAGCAUUGAAAUGGUCUGACAGACGCCGGUUUAUGGUUAUUUCAGAAAGUGGGACUAUGGUUAAUAAACCUGAGCCAAGAUUUCAUGGAGAAAAUACCGAGUCUGCUUCCAGGGGCAUUAAUGGAGUGAAUCGGCAAUUAAGAAUAAAUUCUGUGAAAUCCAAUGCUAGAAAUUGUGGUGUUAAGUUUGGUGAGAAGCUUCAGUGUCCCAACAGCAGCAGGAUGAAUGACAGAUAUGACUUGCAUUAUUGCAGCUGUAACCAACAGGGCGAGUACAGAGCAAAGGUUGAGCCACAUAUUCCUGGGACCAGAUUAGGUCGGGAAGCCAGAUCUGGGAGUAAGAUGGAAUCUGUGUUGGAUAUGUCCAAGCAGUUCUAUCGGGGUAACAAGUAUAAUCAAAUGGAACACAUUCGUGAGAGUUGUGGGAGACCCAAAAACAAAAUCAAUACUGGGAACAAUACUUCUAGCAGGGACUUGCUUCAUACCAAGAAAGUUUGGGAGCCCAUGGAAUCACAGCGGAAGUACCCUAGGAGCAACUCGGAUUCAGAUGUUACCUUGAGGUCAUCUAUUUUUAAUGUGGAUGAACUGGAACCUGGUAAUAAUGUUCUAAAGCGAUCCGGUGCCAUUUGUCCUGGUGAAGUUAUUGGGGAUUUGAGUGAAAUUGGUUGUGAAGAUAAUUAUUUAAAGGAAUCAAGAAUCUCAACCCAUGGUAUGGACAAAGGUUGCCAGAAUGGAUUUGAGGAGGAAGUGAAGAAUGCUUGCUACUCAACCGAAGUUGGUGAUGAGGAAGUUGGAUUAUUCCCCAUCAGAAACUCAUCUAUGAGUGUGACAUCUGAUCCCAACACAAGCAGCAUUUCGAAUUCUGAUAACUGCUCAUCAUGCCAUAGUGAAGGAGACAGCAAUACAGCCUCUUCAAACCUCCCAAAUAUGGAAUCCUCAUCAACCUCGGAUUCAGAAGACGCCAGCCAACAAUCAGAAGGAAGAGAAACUACAGUAUGCAUUCAGAGUAGCUUCACUGAGAGUAGUAGUGAAGUUGGGGCAGAGAAACAACAAAACGCAAAGGGAGGGGAGGCUUUUAGAAGCAAGAUAUCAUCCGAGUUUCCUGCAGAUUGUGAGGGAAGUAAAAUCUCAAGUAAUUUACCCACAAAAAUUGCAGAUAACCCUGAUAAUGGGAAGCCCAUUGUUAAUAUGGGAUCUCAACAACCAGGCAUGCUCCCACCGAUGCAUAACCAAAACAUACACUUCCCAGUGUUUCAAGCUCCUUCAACAAUGGGUUACUAUCAUCAAAAUCCAGUUUCUUGGCCAGCAGCUCCUGCUAAUGGAUUAAUGCCAUUUCCCCAUCCCAACCACUAUCUAUUUGCUGCUCCUCUUGGUUAUGGAUUGAAUGGGAACUCCCGCUUCUGCAUGCAGUAUAGUGCCCUGCCUCAUUUACCAACUCCCCUGUUUAAUCCCAGCCAAGGUCCAGUUUACCAUCCGGUGUCGAAACCCAAUGGGGUGAACACGGAGGAGAAGACUAAGGUUCCCAAACCAGGAGAAGCUAAAGAAGUUCUAAAUGUUGGAGCUGCUAAUGCAGAUGGUGUGGUUCCAAUUGGAUUGCAUCCAGCAGAAGCCCCGCGAAAUGGAGAAAGUGAGCAGAAGGGGAAACCUGCCAAAAUGCAUAUGGGAAACAAUGGCUUUUCCCUUUUCCAUUUUGGAGGGCCUGUGGCUCUUUCGACAGGACACAAAUCAGAUUGUGUGCCUUCUAAAGAAGGGGCUGUUGGGGAUUUUUCUUCGAAAUUGUCGGCAGAUCAUGUUGAGGGUGAUCGUGCAUGUAAUAAGAAAGACACCAGCAUUGAAGAAUACAACUUGUUUGCUGCAAGUAAUGGAAUAAGGUUUUCAUUUUUCUGAUAUAUUAUAACUGAGAAGGCAUGAGGUGGCUGUUGGAGAGUUCAGUCCCUAUCCUCCUCCUCUUGUUGAGCAUUGGAAGUUUGAGUACACUUUGUAAUUUCAGUACACAAUAAUCUUCCUCUGAAAGGUCCAAUUUUAGCAUACAUAUUUUGCUUUAGUUGAUUGCCAUCUUUCUUAUUUGUCCUAUUUUUUCCAGUGUAGAGGAGGAGAGUUUGGUAAGAGUGUUAUAUGCUUGAGGGUUUUAUGUACGAGGUCACUUUUUUUAUCCUUCUUCUUCUUCUUCUUUUUUAAUUAAUGAAGCAUUUGUUGGUUUUAGAA